AUGGUGCGUCAAGCGAAUUCUUCGCCAAUUAAUUUAUCAUUAUGUGGAUGCGGAUUUUUGGGUGUUUAUCAUGUUGGCGUUGUUUGUGCAUUUAAAGAACAUGCACCGGCAAUUCUCAAUGGAAAAAUGGCUGGAUGUUCAGCUGGUUCACUUGUUGCUGCUUGUGCAAUGAGUGGUUGUUGUCUUGGACAAAUGUGUAGCGAUGCACUUGAAAUAGCUAUACGAGCUCGAAGUCGAGCGUUGGGACCAUUGCAUCCAACAUUUAGUAUUGUCGACAUAAUACGUAAUGGCUUACGAAGAAUUUUACCGACAAAUGCACAUGAAAUAUGUUCAGGACGAUUAUAUAUAUCGUUGACACGUUGGAAAGAUAAUAAAAAUGUCAUCGUCAAUCAAUAUCACACACGUGAAGAACUUAUUCAAGUACUUAUUUGUUCAAGUUUUGUGCCGUAUUGGUCAGGAAUAAUUCCACAUAAAUUUCGAGGAGAAUAUUAUUGGGAUGGUGGUCUAACAAAUAAUAAUCCAAUAAUUGACGAAGGAACUAUUUUAGUAUCGCCAUUUGCUGGUGAAAGUGAUAUUUGUCCACGUGAUGAAUCUGGUUCAUUUUAUAGUGUUGAUUUUAGAGGUACAGAUAUAUCAUGUACACAAGAAAAUUUAUAUCGUAUGACACAUGCCUUAUUUCCGCCAAAUAUUUCUGUUUUAAAACAAAUAUGUUGGCGUGGCUAUAUUGAUGGUUUAAAGUUUUUACAAACGAGAAAUCUUAUUGGUUCUAUACGUUUAAGUUCAACAAUAAAUAUUUCAUCUGUACUCGGUACAGAAUAUACAGAGCCUGCAAAUGAUGAUGAAAAUCAAUUAAGAAAUGGUGGCAUUGCUCAAGAUAUCGAACAAAUGUAUGAAAACACCGAUGAUAUUGAGGCAGCAUCAACAUCUGAUGGGAGAAAUUCCAGUGGCAAUUCCGAUCAAUCCGAUGAAGAAUCAAAUGCUGCUAGCAGUCAAGCUACAUAUAGUCCAUAUGGUGGAAAGGAAACUAGACGUUUUUCUUUUUUCUUUUUUAUAGUUUUUGCUGAUGCACGACAAAAAGAAGAAGAACCAAUAGGACGAUAUUUUACAGAUUCAAAUAUUUUUAAGCUGUGUACAUACAUGGCUUUACCAUUUACAUUGCCAAUAGAUCUUACUUAUGCAGCAACAAAAAGAGUCUUGAAUAAUCUUCGUCCAUCAACUGAUACAAAUGAAUCGUCGAUGCCAAAACGAGCAGUCAAUUAUCUUUGGUCAUGGUUUGGCGACGAAAACCAUACAAAAUAUUGUUAUCACCUUCAAGAUUGUGAAUGUACGGAAAGUCGAAUAUCUUCACAUGGUGGUAACCAACUCCCACGGCAUUCUUCUUCUUCACGCCCACGUCAACCUCCAUCUACGACUCAAUCAAAUGUGCGUCGUUCUACUUCAAAUAGAAAACGUAAAAUAAGUGAAGGUAUUAGUACAGCAACAUCGUAUCGAACAGAUUCUUCAAGUGAUAAGGAGGAUAUAUCGACUAUGAAUAAUGAUGAUGCUCAAUAUGUUUUAUCGGAAGCAAAUUUAACUCAAACGUAUCCACAACCGGAUAUAGUUAUGUCAACAAAUCCAAGUGAAGAAUAUUGUCGUCAACUACAACAAAUGGCAAGUUUAUCAAAUCUAGCACGAUUUAGUGAACAAUCAACGUCAUCAUCAAACACAAUGCCAUUUUUCGCCGACGAUAAUGCUUAA